AUGAAAGGAGUGAGAGGAAAAUUUCUCAAGAAAUUGAAGUCCAUCCCAACAAUUGGCACUUUCACAAAUGGCCUGCUCUUUCAGCUGAACCCCACAGAAAAAUUCUUCAAUCACAACCAUCAAACACUGUCUCUGCGAGUUCACAAUGAUGAAGUAGAGCUCAAAGAUGAAGAUAUGGAAUUCGAUUUCAAUGUUGGCCACAAGGAGAAUAUUGUUAUACCACCCUCCAUGAAGUCCACAGAGACAGUGCCUUCCAAUGAUAGCUCGGGGGAUAUGGUCUUGUCUCACAUCGAUUUGGAGCAUGAAAUUUUUCAUGAAGCAAAGGAUGAUGAGGAGGACCAACAUCCAUCUUUAUCAGAUUUUGAGGAGAAGUGUCCACCAGGAGGAGGCAAUUCUGUCAUUCUCUACUCAACAAGCUUGACAGGUGUCAGAAAAACGUUUGAGGCAUGCAAGGCUAUCCGGUUUUUGCUGGAAAGCUUCAAAGUAUCGGUGCAUGAGAGGGACGUUUCGAUGCACAUGGGAUUCAGGGAAGAGUUGUGGAGGAUAUUUGGUGGUAGAGUGAUCCCUCCAAGGCUUUUCAUCAAGGGAAGAUACAUUGGAGGAGCUGAUGAAGUAAUAGGACUUCAUGAGCAAGGGAACCUGAAGAAGCUCCUAAAAGGAAUCCCAAUAGACCUGUCUAACUCCCCAUGCACCGGCUGUGCCAACAUGCGUUUUGUGGUGUGCUUCAACUGCAAUGGCAGUCGCAGAGUCUUCAAAGACGGUGAUCUUGAUGAGAAUGAUGAGCUGCACAUUAGAUGUCCCGAGUGCAAUGAAAAUGGUUUAGUUAAAUGCUCCAUCUGCUGCUGA